AUGUCUCAUUCGCCUUAUCCUGAACAGGACCAGAAAUCGUCGGCUAGCUCUCCACGAGCUCGACGUUCGAGCCGGGACCGUGGCUCACGCUAUGAUCGAGAACGUGAACGAGAGAGGGACAGGGAUAGGGACAACCACAGACGCCGACACAGCCCUGCUCGACGCCGUAGCCGCAGCCGGGACCGCAGGGAUCGGGACCGCGACAGGUACAGGGACGACCGGGAUCGAGACAGGGACCGCGAGAGAGAUCGGGAUAGGCGCCGAGACCGGGACGGCAGAGACGACAGGCGCCGCAAGCGAGACGACGACCGCGACGUAGACGAUGUCCGUGCAAAGCGUAUGCGAGAAGGGUCCACUGGUGCCGAGACUGUUGGCCGUGCGAGCUCAAGAGACUCGGCUAGGCGCUCGGAUCAUAGUCGCAAACAGGAGGAACCCGCUCCAAAAGAACGCGCAUCGCCUAUAUACGACGACCCGGUGAUUGAGGAAAUCAAUGAUGAAGAUUCAGAAGCGCGCUCGGUGUUUGUGUCUCAGUUGGCUGCGAGGCUCACCGCUCGCGAUUUAGGCUAUUUCUUUGAAGACAAGCUCGGCGAAGGCGCUGUUCGUGAUGCCCGCAUUGUGACUGACCGAUUGUCUCGUCGCUCCAAGGGAAUCGGGUACGUCGAGUUCAAGAACAUCGAUCUUGUCAAUAAGGCUAUCGCCUUGUCGGGUACGAUAGUCAUGGGAUUACCAAUCAUGAUCCAACUUACAGAGUCUGAGCGUAACAAGAUCGGACCUUCAAGCAGUUUACACCUCCCACCAGGUGUCUCCCACCCACACGCGGGAUCGAUGCAACUCUACGUCGGUUCUCUACACUUCAACCUCACCGAAUCCGACAUCCGUCAAGUCUUUGAACCAUUCGGCGAACUCGACUUUGUCGACCUUCAUCGUGAUCCCGCGACAGGCAAAUCAAAAGGGUACUGCUUCAUCCAGUACAAACGCCCCGAGGAUGCAAGGAUGGCGUUGGAGCAGAUGGAAGGCUUCGAGCUUGCCGGGAGGCAGUUGAGAGUGAACACGGUGCACGACAAGGGACAAGGCACUGUGAGGAUCUCGACUGCCCCGCAGGAUUCUUUGGAAGAUACCGGUGGAGUUUUGAAUAAUAGCACCUCCCGACACCAGCUUAUGCAGAAACUUGCCCGCACGGAGCAGCCUUCAAAGAAUAACACUAUGCUGAUGAAAUCCAAUAUUCCACAGACACUUUCUUCCCGUUGCGUACUCCUUCGCAACAUGUUCGAUCCUGACGAGGAAACCGAGCGCGACUGGGACAAAGACCUUGCCGACGACGUCCGUGGAGAAUGUGAGGAAAAAUACGGUAAAGUCUUGGAUCUCAAGGUCGAAAAAGAGUCCGAGGGUGAAAUCUACAUCAAAUUCGAGUCGGUCGAAUCGGCAGAAAAGGCGAUCAAGGGACUCAACGGCCGGUGGUUUGGCGGAAAACAAGUCACUGCGAGCCCUAUUCCGGACGCCAUCAUGCAGGCCCACUAG